CGGCUUAGAGCAGCAGAAACAUGGCUUACCGCAGCGGCUACGAAGACCGCCAUGAUGGCUUUUAUCAAAUUCCUCACCUCGUCAAUCAAUGGGCAUAUUACUUUUACCACCAUAUCAGGGAACGGAAUAUCGAUGAAAUUCAGUCUAUGUAUGAGGUCUCCUUUUUGAAGCUAAGCGACCGCUACUACAAAGCUGCACCAUGGCCGGAGGUGCAGCAUAUUCAGGAGGUGGUGGACCAGGACCACGUGUUCUGCCUCCUCUACAAGGAGAUGUACUUCAGGCACCUUUAUGCCCGCUGCCAGCCGACCCUCCGUGACCGGUGUGACUCGUGGGAUAACUACUGCGACCUGUUUGGGCUGCUGCUGACGAGCAAUGUCAACAUGCAGCUGCCCAAUAUCUGGCUAUGGGACAUGGUGGACGAGUUCUUGUACCAGUUCCAGUCGUUCUGCCAGUACCGCGGCAAGGUGCAGUCCAUGCCCCCGGAGGAGAUUGAAAACCUCAAGAAGUGCGAGGCGAAGAAGGUGUGGAACACGAUUGAGGUCCUCAAUAUCCUGCAAGCGCUGGUGGACAAGAGCGGCAUCGUGGCGGAGGUCGAGGGCGACGGCGGGGCCAGGCUGUGCGAGCAAAAUGGCUAUUACCCGCACUCGUCGAACGUGCUGCGCAUGCUGGGCUACUUCUCCCUGGUGGGCCUGAUGCGCGUUCAUUGCCUGGUGGGAGACUACUACACGGCGCUCAAGGCGAUCUACCCGCUGAACCUGCACGAGCGGAGGUACCUGUUUACGCAGCGCAUCGCCGGCGCACACAUCACGCUCUUCUACUAUGGCGGCUUCUCUUACCUGAUGCAGCGCAGGUACCUGGACGCUGUGCGGUGCUUCAACGCGGUGCUGCUCUUCAUUUAUGAGAACAAGAGUCAGUAUCGCAACAGCCCGCAGUUUGAUCAGAUGCUCAAGAAGAACGAACAGAUGUACCAGCUGCUGGCCAUCUGCGUGGCGCUGUGCCCUGUGGCGGCCAAGAGCCUGGAUGAGAACGUCCUUAUGCAGCUGCGUGAGCGUCACUCGGAUAACAUGACCGCAAUGAACCGAAGCGAUAUCGAUGUGUACGACACCUUGUUCCGGGAGGGCUGCCCCAAGUUCGUCACCUCAACCCCGCCCGCGUACGAUCAGGCCACCACCAACACCAACCAGUUGGCCUUCCGUGCUCAGCUGAACGCGUUCCUGUUGGAGGUUCGCGCCCAGCAGACUCUGCCACAGCUGAAGCAAUACCUUCUUCUAUACUCGUCCAUUAACCUGGCCCGUCUGGCGGCUCUGAUGGACUGCGACGAGGGGGCCCUGCGGCAGCAGCUGCUGUGCCUUAAAAACAAGCAGCGCCAGCUCAAGUGGGAUGGCGGCAAGGAUAUGACAGCUGGCACUUGGACGGUGGCCAGCGACCUGGAGUUCCACAUCGACGUAGACCCCGAGACUGGGCUGGAAAUGGUAUUGGUGUCCGACACGCAGCAGGUGGCCACGUAUGCGCCUUUCCUGGCACAUCACAUUGCGCGGUUUGAGCAGAUCAUCGCCGACCUAACUGUGCCCCGAGUUGCUGCGGCCCCUCCGACUGCUGUACGCGCAUAAAGAAUGAGGGCAGUGAUCACAGCCGACGGCGUGGGUGCUACGGUUGUGGGUGGUGGAGUAGGGAGGGUUUUUUUAACGGCCGUCCAAUAUGUGGAAGUGGAGGGCGGGAGCGAACACUGGGUCGACGGACAUUGCCUACGCAAAACAUGGAUCGACUUGAUGGAUACGGACUCGCUUGGGGGGAUAAGACCGGCAUUGCGGGGUUUAAGAGUUGUUUGGAGAUGUUUAGACAGGAAUGUGUACGGUCAGAGGAAGCU